AUUCGUAUAUAGGCGUUGCUACAACGUUUAUCUCUCUUUUCCGACUCGACACGUGCAACGUGUACGUAAACUGGUUCAGCGCUGGUCAGUUUGUAAGGAUAUAAAUUGAUCAUCUCGACCAGGGAAAAAGUUUUAAACAAUGGCAAGUACCAAAACGGAUAAUCCUGAAAAGCCAGGACAAGAAGUUGCUCCUAUUCAUCGUAUUAGGAUAACACUUACUUCUCGUAAUGUUCGUUCUCUUGAAAAAGUAUGCUUGGAACUGAUUAAUGGGGCCAAAAAACAAAAGCUGAAGGUCAAAGGACCUGUUCGUAUGCCUACUAAAAUUUUAAGGAUUACAACUCGUAAAACUCCUUGUGGUGAAGGAUCCAAAACAUGGGAUCGCUUCCAAAUGCGAAUUCAUAAGAGAGUUAUCGAUUUGUACUCUCCAUCAGAAAUUGUUAAACAGAUAACAAGUAUUUCUAUUGAACCUGGUGUAGAGGUUGAAGUUACAAUUGCAAAUGAUUAAAUCGUUUGAAUGACACUGUAUAAAGUUUUAAUAAAAAUGUGAAAACUGAA